AUGUCAACAACCAAACUCACAAAGAAGCAGCGAAAAGCUGCGGCGUUUAGAAGUCGAAAAUCAAAAGGAGGAGAUGAGCCACUGGAUUUGCCAGCGUUAGACGACCCCGAGGUGGACUUGAACGCAGAGCAGAUGGCGGACGUUUUACCACAGCCAACAACGGGAGCCAAGACUACUAGGUCAAGGGGGGAGAAUAAGAAAAGGAAGCGAGAGCAUGAUGAAGAUACCGAGAUGGAGUCUCUCUCGCCCAAACGUCUCAAAACUGACGAAGGGGAAAAACUGAACACCAAGCGAACCCGUGCCCCUCCAAAAUACAUUUUAUUUGUUGGCAACCUAAGUUAUAAAACAUCUGUACAAGCGAUAGCCGAGCAUUUUUCCACUUGUGAUCCACCCCCCAAUAUUCGUCAACUCACCACUCGGCGCAAAACUGAUGGAGACACUCAGCCUGAAAAGUCCAAAGGUUGCGCAUUCCUCGAAUUUACAAAAGCAUCCGGCCUUCAAGCUGCUCUGCGCUUACACCAUAGCGUGCUAGAUGGCCGCAAAAUCAAUGUCGAGCUUUCUGCGGGUGGUGGAGGGAAAAGUGAAGCGAGAUUAAAGAAACUCAAGACAAAAAAUGCAAAGCUUGAUAAACAUCGCUCAGAAUCAGCCAACCGGCGUAAGAACGUCUCAGGAAUGGAAGACGAAACAGAAUCGAAGGUCUCAAAAGCACGUUUUUCGGAGACCUCUGGAGAUACGUCAGUACCCAUGACAAAACGUACUUGGUCGGUCUCCAAGAAUGGCGAAAAAGCAAGUCGAGGCGGGCAAAGGCACAAGAGAGGUAUCAAGCAUAAGGGUUCUAAUAUAAAAGGGCCUAGAACAUUCACAUUCUCUGGCGCUAAUGCCAUCCCGAUCGGUUAA